AAUACAAUGCGGAGGCAUGGGACACUCUCACACACCCACAACUUCUGUUCUCUGUAAUGAAGAAAGUCGGAGCUAGCCAAGGAGAUGCUGAGGAAAUAUUUUGAGCGCUGGAAUUAUCAGAUGUGGAAGUCCCAGGAGGCCAUGGAGUUAGGACGAUCAUAUUUCAGAAGGCCCAGAGCGCUGCUGCUCACAGUGAUGAUGUUCAAAUGGGGAAUAUUCUGCACAGCAAAGGCAGACAUAUGUUUGUCUUCCCCAUGUGAGAAUGGAGGCACAUGCAUAGAAGUAAUGGCUAACUAUACAUGUUUAUGCCCAAAGGAACCACUUAUUUAUGUGGGUAAAGACUGUGAGCUACUGUAUGAUGCUUGUGCACAUGUCAACUGUCAUAACUGCAUCAGCACACUGGGAAUAGAUAACUACUUCUGUCCCUGUCCAGCGGGCUUUGGAGGCCCUGAUUGUACACGUACCUUGGACACAUGCAAGAGUAAUCCAUGCACUGGAAUAAAGAACCGCUGUGUGGAUGCAGUUAAUGGAUAUUCUUGUCACUGUCCUAGUGGCUACAGUGGUGAGGACUGCAAAACUCAUGUGAUGGACUGCUCAGAUAAUCCCUGCUUACACAAUGCAACCUGCAUACAGGCAUCACACGGCUAUGAGUGCAAGUGUGGUCGUGGCUUUCAUGGGACCUACUGUGAAUAUGACACUGAUGAAUGCCUGUCACAGCCUUGUCAAAAUGGUGCGAUCUGUCGUGAUGGGAUAGAUGUGUACCACUGCUUCUGUGUGCCUGGAUUUCAAGGAUACAACUGUGAGAUAGACAUUAAUGAGUGCGCAUCCCAACCAUGUGAGAACAAUGGAAAGUGUAUUAAUGGGAAGGACCAUUACAUCUGUGAGUGUCUGAUAGGGUUCACAGGAGUAAACUGUGAGGUCGAGAUCAACGAGUGUGAGGAGACGCCAUGUCAAAAUGGGGCUACAUGCCAUGACUAUGUAGGGCAGUACAUAUGUGAGUGCGUGUCUGGGUUUGAAGGCAUCAGCUGUGAGAUGGAUAUCAAUGAGUGUAACAGUGUACCAUGCCUCAACAAUGGCUCAUGUAUUGAUUUGGUGAACAGGUAUGAGUGUGACUGCAGUGGAACAGGGUUUGCUGGGUCUUUCUGUGAGGAGGAGAUUCUUGAGUGUGCGUCUGAGCCAUGUCAGCAUGGAGCCACAUGCCAUGAGGGAAUUAAUCAGUACACCUGUCAGUGCUGGCCAGGUUAUGAGGGGAAUAACUGUGAAAUGGAUGUGGAUGAAUGUGAGGCACAGCCUUGUGAGAAUGGUGGCAUGUGUUUCCAGCGCUCUGACCAGAGACAUUAUGGUGUCUUGGCCCAGCUGGGCCCAUCUUUCAGCUAUGAGUAUGCUGGCGGCUUUCUGUGCAAAUGCUUGGCUGGCUUUACGGGUGAAAACUGUUCAUUUAACAUAGAUGAUUGUGAAAUAGCACCAUGCCUAAAUGGUGGAAGCUGUGAAGAUCUAAUUAAUGCAUAUAAAUGUUUUUGCUCUCCGGGGUUCACAGGUUUUAUAUGUGAGGUGGAUAUUGAUGAGUGCAAAAGUGCACCUUGUAAGAAUGGAGCCUUGUGUGAGGAUGUCAUUAAUGACUAUGUCUGUCACUGCCCUAUAUCGGUACCUGACCAGUUGCCUUGGGGUGGCCAUAGCUGUGACAUUGCUUUGACUGGCUGUGUGGAUAAGCCCUGCAAAAAUGGAGGAAUGUGUGAACCUUUCAUACUUGGAGACAAACACCUUUUUAGGUGCAGGUGUCCUUCUGGUUUCUCAGGGGCCAACUGUAGCAUUCCCACCACUUUCUCAUUCUCUACAGCAGCCUAUGUGGUGGUGGAUGUUUCUUCUAACAAGAUGUAUAACAAUGAGUCAACCAGUGUUUCGCUGCGGUUUAGGACAACUUUACCAGAUGUAGUGCUGUUCUUCAGGGGAAAUGCACAGCAUUUCUUCAUGCUGGAGAUGAAUGAUGGAAAUCUCAUUGCUACAGCAGAAUCUUGGGACUUAAAGCUGGUGGUGGAACUGCAUGGGAAUUUUAACAAUGGAUUGUGGUAUGCAGUGUCUGUUUCUGUUUAUGAGAUGCUGAUUCUGAGAUUAUUGGAUAAGAAUUACACAUAUAUUAAGCAGAGUGACCCAAAGGAGCAUCUUUUCUUCCCCCCACACUGUCUGGAUAAAGUUUACAUUGGUUGGGUGCCACAAGAUUAUCUAAAGAAGCCAAUGAUGUUGACAGGAUUUGUUGGCUGUAUGGAGGAUUUUAUUAUUAGUUCUCAGCUUAUUCUGCCUCAUAACUUCUCCCAAGAGAAUACCAUUUACAUCCAGCAGGGCUGUGAAAAGCCUGAGAGGUGUCAUCUAGAUUCUUGCUCUCAUCAAGGACAGUGUAUAGACCUUUGGACUGAAUACAAGUGUGACUGCCACAGGCCAUUUUAUGGAAGCAUCUGUUCCAAUGAGUACUCUUCAUGGACAUUUAGCCAUGAGCAUAAUAGAAGCUUUGCUGCAUUUAACAUAACUCGACGCCAUGCUGGAAAAAUCAGUAUAUCAUUUCUAUUGCGAACACGGAAAAACAGUGGCCUUAUUCUUCAAUUUCAACGAGGGAAUCAGGCAUAUUUCUCAGUUUUCCUGCGGAGAGGCACAAUAAACAUUGAUGUGUUCUCUUCUAUUAGAGAGAGUUCUACAUUCAUCACAAAUGGGGAGAAGGUACUGAUCACCAUUGAUAUCCAGGGAGGAUUUUUAUACUUCAAUCACACAGAAAUACUUUUUAGCCCUGGGACUUUUCCUGGACUUGAAGUAGAGGCAGGAGAUGUGCUAUUUCUUGGUGGACUUCUUAAAGAACAUGAUACUAUACCUUGGGGUGGCCAUUUCAAAGGUUGCCUACAGGACAUACGUCUGGAUGACAAUCAGCUCUACAUGAGCUUAAACAAAAUUAUCAAAAUACAUGAACAGCCAAGAUACUUAGCACAUAUUUCCCAUAAUUUGCUGGAGCACUGUGUCAGUGAUGAAACAUGUAAGGGGAGACCAUGCCUAAAUGGUGGAGAUUGCAUGAACAAAUGGAAUGACUUCAUCUGUUCCUGUCCACAAAACUACACUGGAAAGACAUGUGACAUUCGAGUGUGGUGUGCUAGCAGUCCAUGUGUCAUUGGUAGCCAGUGUGCAGACCUGCCUGAUGGAUAUGAGUGCUUGGUCAAUGCCACAUUUGAAAACAAUGCUUUGAAGUUCAGGGCCAGUGGGUCUUUAUCUGCUCCUGUGACAGUGGUUUCAGUAAAACUGCGAACUCGUACAGAGAAUGGCACACUUCUUCGUACUUCCAAUGGUUUAGAAUUUUUCCACAUGGGUCUCCUGAAUUCCUUCAUACUGAUCAAGAUCUGUAAUAGCAAAAACCAGGAGGUGCUGGCUAUCUACAGUGAAGUGGAGGUUUCAGAUGGAGAAUGGCACCAUGUGGAGCUCAGGAAGACAGGUUCACACUAUGCUUUGUCUCUUUGGAAACUCACUGUGGAUGGGCAAGUGGCUGGUUUAAGCCAAACAUUUGCUGCCAACUUGGAUUUCUUUAACCAUUCUACUGUGUGGUUGGCAGAGAAUUUCACCGGCUGUCUUGGUGAAGUCAGGAUAGGGGGAGUGUAUCUGCCACUGAUGGGGGGCAUUCAUGAAAAAGCACCUCAAUUUUCCCAAUUCAUCCAAUAUGGUAGCAUAAAGGAACCACAAAUUGGGUGCAGUGGUGCACCCUUGUGUCUCCUGUAUCCUUGUUUAAAUAAUGGCUCAUGCCAAGAUCUCUUUAAUCACUAUAUAUGUGACUGUGCCCCAGGCUGGCAGGGUGAAAACUGCCAGGAUGAUAUCAAUGAGUGUAUUCAUGAGCCUUGCAUUCAUGGGACCUGCAAGAACCUUCCGGGGGAAUACCUGUGCCAAUGUGCUCUGGGCUACAGGGGGAGGCACUGUGAUGAGGAUGUGGAUGAGUGUCAAGAGUUGCAUUGUGAGAACACAGGGUCCUGUGUGAACUCUGUGGGUGGAUACACUUGUAUCUGUCCACCAGCAUACAGUGGUCCACUCUGCCAAUGGAACUUCCCCCCAAUGCAGUGUGGAGUAGAUGUUCAGUGUAUGAAUGGAGGAGUCUGUAUGAAUGGACCCUGGGGGGCCAACUGUACUUGCAGACUUGGAUACACCGGAGAGAGAUGUGAGAAGGAAAUAGAUGAGUGUGAGUCCAACCCUUGUCUCAAUGGAGCUACCUGCAUAGAUCAGCAGAAUCAAUACACUUGUGAGUGCUUGCCAGGUUUCAGUGGAGAUAAAUGCGAGGCUCCCAGGCAGCAGCAGAGGGAGAGCAUUCCUUGGCUUGUAGUGGCCGUCCCAAUGAUGUGUUUUGCUGCUUUGCUGGCCGUGGUUGGUUUGGGAUGCAUGAUGCUCACCGCACGAAGGAAAAGGCAGUCUGAAGGCACUUAUAGCCCCAGCCAACAAGAGGUGGCAGGAGCUCGUCUUGAAAUGGGCAGCGUACUGAAAGUGCCUCCUGAGGAAAGACUGAUUUAACUUUUAACUUUUUAACCUGAAACCUAUGCCUGAAAUCCAAAAUGUACUGAAAGGAUCAUUAUAUGGCUCCCUUGAUGCCAAACAGUAUUUGGAAUUACUGUGGACACUGAGUGGGAUGUGUCCAUAUCCUAGGUAGAAUAGUGCAUAGACUUUUUUUUGUUCAUACUGUGUGACAUAGUUGCUAAAACAUUUCACCUAUAUUUUAUCUAUAACUACAAAAAAGCAGUUUUAUGAUUCAUUGUAUUGUGAUGUGCAUACAGUCUUAUAAAAUAAUUUUAAAUACUUUGCAGUGAAUGAAAAUUAAUUAAAUUGAGUGACAUUUCUGUAGAUUUUCUCAGGUAUAUAUUAUUUUUUCAUUAAACUCAAAAUCUAAAUGCAGAAUGUAUUGUAAUAUCUGUGAAUAAUGGUUUACAUCAUAUUCAUACCCUAUCUGCUUGAGCUGCAUAUACUAGCUAACUAACAAAAUAUAAUUUAAUAUUCACGACCUUAGUCUGAAGACACUGUAAAUUUUGGUAAUUUUUUUUAAACCCUUGACUAUUUGUAAUGUCAUAUUCACUGGAAAUGUUUUUGAAAAAUGGCAAAUGUGAUUAUUGUACCUUUAUAUUUUAUUGCUUUGAUGAUCUUCUGAUGAUCUGCUUUGAUGAUGUUUAGUGUGCACUAAACAUGACAAUUGAUAUGUUGU